AUGCCAUCCGCAACAUGGGAAGAAAUGAUAAAAAGUGCUUUUGAUGCAGAUAUUGAUUUACAAGUACAUGGCUACUCCAACACAGCGGAUGCCCAAUAUUAUAACGUGUGUGGAGUUUGUUUUGCUGAAGUAGAAGUUGACAUUUUAACAGGUGAACAUGAAAUAAUAAGAGUGGAUUUGAUUGAGGAUCCAGGGCGAAGUAUAAGUCCAGAAAUAGACAUAGGACAGGUUGAAGGGGCUUUUAUUAUGGGUGUGGGUUACUGGACAUCAGAACACAUAGUUUUUGACCCUCAGAAUGGAGAAAUCCUAACAGAUCGUACUUGGACUUAUCACGUACCCCAAGCAAGAGAUAUACCUCAAGAUUUCCAAAUUUACUUAACAAAGAAAUAUCCCAGCUCUGAUGCCAUUCUGGGAAUGAAAGCAAUUGGAGAACCUCCUUUGUGUCUUUCAGUUGUUAUACCAUUUGCAAUGCGAGAAGCUAUUGUGUCGGCACGCUUGGAAUCGGGAUUACCAGCUAAUAAAUGGUUUGCAAUUGUUGGUAGCAACGUGAAUGCUAACACGAGUCUGCUCGACUUCAUACGAGGAAGAGCAGGACUUAAAGGCACCAAAUACAUGUGCAAAGAGGGAGGAUGUGGUGCUUGCAUCGUGGCAGUUGUAAGAAAAAACAGCACUAUCAUGGCAGUAAACUCGUGCAUGGUCUCAGUUUUAUCAUGUUUAAAUUGGGAAAUUACUACAAUCGAAGAAAUUGGAAAUAGGAAAAAAGGCUACCAUCCUAUUCAAACUACUCUGGCAGCGUACAGUGGCAGCCAAUGUGGACACUGCUCCCCUGGGUGGGUCAUGGCUAUGUAUAGUUUGAAGGAAAGUAAGAAAAGUCUUGAUAUGCUUGAAAUAGAAAAAUCAUUUGCCAGUAAUGUCUGCAGGUGUACUGGUUAUCGUCCAAUAUUGGAGGCUUUUAAAACUUUUGCUAGUGAUGCACCAAAACCUCAAGACAUUGAUAUCGAAGAUUUAGGAAUUUGCCAAAAACUGCAAAGCGUUUGUAACUUACGUGUUUGUCAUAUAGACGAAUGGUAUAUUAUCACAGAAAAAGAGGUAGAAGCACAAACAAAGAAAAUCAUACUUAAUGAUGGAAGCAUUUGGUUUCGGGUAGAAGAACUAAAUGAAAUUUUCGAUGUUUUCAAUACUCAAGGCAUUACCGAUUAUAUGUUAGUAGCAGGAAAUACCGCUAAGGGAGCAUACCCCAUUCAAAGGUAUCCUCGGAUAUUAAUAGACAUCAGUGAACUACCCGAAUUAAAAACGUAUAUAGUCGAUCAAAACCUGUUCAUAGGUGCUGGAACAACUCUGAGUGAAUUGAAAAAUAUUUGGGAGAAAGUUUCACAACAAGACUACUUCGGAUACUUAAACAUAUUGAAUAAUCACCUUAAGUUAGUAGCUAAUAUAUCUAUUAAAAAUUUGGGUACAGUUGGAGGUAAUUUAAUGAUUAAACAUCAAUAUAAUGACUUCCCAUCAGAUAUAUUUGUCUUAUUAGAAACAGUCGGGGCACGGUUAACCAUAGUAUUUAAUAUGACAGAAAGGAAUACAGUGACAAUGCAACAAUUUCUACGCUUAGACAUGACCGGGAAAAUAAUCCUCAAUGUUAUCAUGCCACCUCUUAACGAUGACUUCAAAGUGGUAACGUAUAAAGUAAUGCCAAAAGCACAAAAUGCGCAUGCUAUAGUGAAUGCAGGAUUUCUUUAUAAAUACAAUAGUAAAGAUAAUGUAGUAAGAUCAGCCAGAAUUGUUUAUGGUGGCCUCUCACCGAUUUUCAUAAGAGCUGGAGGUACAGAGAAGUUCUUAGUGAACAAAAAUCUGUUUCAAAAUAUGACACUACAAUCUGCGAUUGGAAUAUUAGAGAAAGAACUGGUAGUGUUCGAAAAACCUCCUCAACUUCCCGCUCUUUAUAGAAAAUCAUUGGCUUUAUCGCUAUUUUACAAGAGUCUGCUAUCUUUAUGUCCAACAUUUAAGAUAAGUUCUCAGUAUCGUUCAGCAGUGAUCAGACUAAAUGAAUCACGGCCGCUGUCAGUUGGGCAACAAAUUUAUACAACAAAUCCAUCUCUGUACCCUCUUAAUCAGCCGUUACCAAAAAUCGAAGCUUUAGCUCAAUGCUCGGGUGAAGCAAUAUAUACCGAUGAUGAACUGGAGUUUCCAAAUGAAGUACAUGCAGCAUUUGUGCUUAGUACUGUACCAAAAGGAAGAAUUGACACCAUCGAUGCUUCAGCAGCUUUGAACAAGCCAGGAGUAAUUGCAUUUUACACUGCAAAUGAUAUACCAGGCUUAAACUCUUUUACUGUAAUAGAAGAUCCAACGGAUUCAGCUAACGAAGAAGUUUUCAGUAGUGGAAUAAUAAAUUAUUUUAAUCAACCUAUCGGUGUCAUUGUUGCUGAAACUCAAGUUAAAGCAAACGAAGCCGCAAAAAUGGUUAUCGUUAGGUAUAUAGAUAUUAGCAAGCCAGUUACAGAUCUGAUACAAGCAAAACUAGACCCAAACAGAAUACAGUUAUAUAAAAGCAUUUCCGCUCAAAACAAAGGAACAGAUAUUACUAAAGUAAUAAAUGGUAGUAGUACUAUACGUGGACAAUAUCAUUUUACAUUGGAAACGCAUGUUUGUAUAACUCGGCCAUCAGAAGAUGGCUUCGAAGUAUAUUCUUCAUCACAAUGGGCCGAUGCCGUUCAAUUGAUGAUAUCGAGAGCUUUGAGCAUUGAACAAAAUCGUAUUUACGUCCAAGUGAGAAGAGUAGGCGGUGGUUAUGGAGUAAAAGUAUCCAGAAGUACGCAAGUAGCUGUGGCUUGCUGCCUCGUGUCGCAAAAAUUAAAUAGACCCUGCCGUUUCGUAACACCAUUAACUGUGAAUACUAAAGCAUUUGGUAAAAGAUUCCCGAACAAUGCAGAUUAUACGGUCGCAGUUAAUACAGAAGGUAAAAUACAAUAUCUCAACUUGAAUUUAUAUGAAGACAACGGAUAUAUGAUAAACGAACUACUAGUAAUGUUAGCUUAUCCGAAUUUCAAUAAUUGCUAUGAUAGUUCUUGUUGGAACUAUAAUAUUUAUAACAUUACAACCGACACUGCCAAGAACACAUGGUGUAGAGCACCAGGCUCACUAGAAAGCAUUUCAAUGUGUGAAAUAAUUAUGGAACGUAUAUCAUACGAACUUAAUUUGGAUCCAAUUGAAGUUCGCUUAGUAAAUUUAGAUCCUCUAACAGCAAUAAACAAUAUUGAAAUGUUAAAUGAUUUGAAAGUGAAAUCAGAUUAUGACAUCAGAAAAACUGAAGUUUUAACAUUUAAUUACGAUAAUAAAUGGAAGAAAAGGGGACUGAGGUUUUCUUUCAUGCGGUAUAAAAAUAAUGAUCCUCGUUAUUACGAUUUUAAUAUAGCUGUAUAUCACGGCGAUGGAUCUGUAACUAUCACGCCUGGUGGAGUAGAAAUAGGACAAGGAGUUAACACAAAAGCUGCACAGCUGUGUGCCCAUUUAUUAAAUAUACCUUUGAAUAAAGUCAACGUGGCGAUUAUGAAUACGAGAACAGCUCCUAAUAGUUCUGUAACUGCAGGCAGCGUUACAACACAAUUCACAAGUAUCGGUAUAAGUAAAUGCUGCAAAGAAUUGUUGAACAGAUUACAACCUGUAAUGAAAGUGUUACCUAAUGGUUCAUGGGAAGAAAUAAUACGAAAAGCAUACGAAAUGAAUAUAGACUUACAAGUUCAUGGAUUUGUCAAUGAUGAAAAUGUUAUUAAUUAUUUUGUAUACGGUGUAGCUCUAUCAGAAGUAGAAGUAGACAUAUUAACAGGAGAAUAUGAAGUCGUACGUGUAGAUAUAUUACAAGACGUCGGGCAAAGCAUCAAUCCUGAUCUUGAUGUUGGUCAAGUGGAAGGAGCGUUCACCAUGGGGCUGGGUUAUUGGACAUCAGAGAAUUUAGUAUAUGAUAACUGUACAGGAGAAUUACUCACAGAUAGAACUUGGAAUUAUUAUGUUCCUCAAGCAAGGGACAUACCACAAGAUUUUCGUAUAUAUUUCAGGAAUAAUUCAUAUAGUCCUCCUCAAAUUUUUGGCGCGAAAGGUUCUAAUAUUUUAUUUUAUAACUUUUGUGUAAAAAGUUUAUAUCACUGUUUAGCAAAAAUCAUAAGUAUUCAAUGCAUUUAAAAUGAUUGUUAAACAUUUGUUAAAAUUUUUAUUGUUUUCUGUUGUGAUUGUUCAGCUGUUGGAGAGCCACCUUUAUGCUUAGCAAUUUCAAUAACUUUUGCUAUCAGAGAGGCAAUCGCAUCAGCGCGAACUGAUACUGGAAUUCCGAAAAACAUGUGGUUCGAAAUUGGUAUGUUUAUUUUUAUCAAAUGAAGCGAACUUUAAUUUUAGUUAACCUUUUGUUACCUUUUUAUUGGUAUAUUUAUAUAUAAUGGAGUUCUCUUGAGUAUUUUUAAAAAUUGGAAGAAUAAAAACACAACGUAAAUAACACACUUAUAAUAAAUUUUAAAAACAUUAAUACGAUCGUCACGACAUACAAAAUUGAACAAUAUUUAUAACAAAUAUAAAUAUUUUUUAAUUGUAUAUUUCUUUAUUAUGAUGAGAUUAUUCAUUACUCUCUAAUUAAUGCGUUUUAGAAUAAAAUUACUCAGGAUCGAUAUCAUCUCAAAAAAAUCUUGUAUCGGUUCAAAUUAUGUAAAACAAAAAAGAAAAGAGAUUUCCUUUAGAUACUAUAGUUACAGAUCAAUAGUACAUUGAAUACAUGAAUAAUACAUAGUAAUAUAAUGAUACUAAAGUACACAUGGCCGCACGUCGUAGUAUAGAUUGUGAACUACAAAUGUCUGCUUACGGUGCGGUGGUGGUGUGAUGCAUGACGUGCGGCCUUGUGUACAUAACAUUCUGUAAUAACCCUUCCUAAGAAAAUCUGAUUAGUUUAAAUUGGUUGACAGUUACAUGGACUAAUAAUGUUCAUUCAAGGUUUAAUCU